AGCAUUUCCUCUCUGACCCGCUACAAUGGAACGGCACAUUACACGCACGCAGAAAACGAACUCGUGGCUGUAGUUUGACUAAACAGGAGUUUUAACCCACCGUUGCUUUUUUGUGUCCCUGUGUUGACACCGAGAAUCUUAGAGGAUGGCCGCAGAUGUGGAUAAAACUAAUGUUGGAGAUCCGAAGGAUGAUCAUGAGGCGCGCGCGUCUCCAUCCAGCAGCGUCUCCCGAUCACGUCUCAAGCAAGCUCUCUCCGCUUUAUUCAUGAUCGCUGCUGUUCCUUUUAUUGGCUUUUGCAUAAAAUAUUACCAGGAUACCCAGCUGCUAAAACGACAUGAGGCCGGACUGAAGGCGUUGGGAGCAGACGGGCUCUUUUUAUUCUCGUCCUUGGACACUGAUCAUGACCUCUAUCUUAGUCCAGAAGAAUUUAAGCCUAUUGCAGAAAAACUCACAGGUGUAGCACCUCCCUCAGAGUUUGAGGAGGAGAUACCACCUGAUCCAAAUGGGGAGACGUUGACCCUACAUGCUACCAUGCAGCCAUUACUGUUGGAAAGCAUGACUAAGAGCAAAGAUGGCUUCCUAGGGGUUUCUCAUAGUUCUCUUAGUGGCCUGCGGUCAUGGAAGCGCCCGGCUGUUCCUUCUUCCACAUAUUAUGCCAGUCAGUUCAAGGUCUUCCUGCCACCCAGCGGUAAAUCCGCCCUGGGCGACACCUGGUGGGUCAUUCCCAGCGAACUCAACAUCUUCACUGGCUACCUUCCUAAUAACCGUUAUCAUCCUCCCACACCACGCGGAAAAGAGGUGCUGAUCCACUCUCUACUGAGUAUGUUCCACCCGCGGCCCUUUGUGAAAUCCCGCUUUGCUCCACAGGGAGUUGUGGCCUUUGUACGGGCCACAAGUGACUAUUAUUACGACAUUGUUUUUAGAAUUCAUGCUGAGUUCCAGCUAAAUGAUGUGCCGGGUUUUCCAUUCUGGUUCACUCCUGGUCAGUUUGCGGGUAACAUCAUCCUGUCCAAAGAUGCUUUUCACGUCAGAAGCUUUCACCUAUACGUGCCAAAUGACAAAUCUUUAAACGUGGACAUGGAGUGGCUGUAUGGAGCCAGUGAGAGCAGCAACAUGGAGGUGGAUAUCGGAUACCUGCCCCAGAUGGAGCUCAGAGCGGCAGGGCCGUCCACUCCCUCUGUAAUCUAUGAUGAGCAGGGGAACGUGAUUGACAGCCGAGGGGAGGGAGGAGAACCCAUUCAGUUUGUGUUCGAGGAGAUUGUCUGGAAUGCAGAGAUCAGCAGAGAAGAAGCAGCCAGACGACUGGAGGUCACAAUGUACCCUUUUACAAAGGUGCCAUACCUGCCAUUCAGUGAGGCCUUUAGCAGGGCUGAUGCAGAGAAGAAGCUGGUUCACUCCAUCCUUCUCUGGGGAGCCUUGGAUGACCAGUCAUGCUGAGGUUCGGGGCGGACUCUUCGGGAAACAGUUCUCGAGAGUUCGCCCGUUUUGGCCUUGCUCAACCAGAGCUUCAUCAGCAGCUGGUCUCUAGUCAAAGAACUAGAAGAUCUACAGGCUGAUGAAAAGAAUCCGGAUUUGAGCGAAAAGGCUCAUUUACAUUUGGAAAAGUACACCUUUCCUGUGCAGAUGAUGGUGGCACUGCCCAAUGGCACUGUGGUCCAUCACAUCAACGCUAACAACUUUCUCGACCAGACAUCCAUGAAACCAGAGGAAGAUGGACCAGGUCUCAGUUUCUCAGCUGGCUUUGAGGAUCCCUCAACCUCCACAUACAUCCACUUUCUGCAGGAAGGACUCGAAAAGGCCAAACCUUAUUUGGACUAAAAAGAGUUUCUCCAGACAAUCUGUGCACAUCAGGGAGAAAUGUGGGGGAUUAUAUGAGAGGAAAUGACAAACUCGGUCUUCAUGUGCUUUGAGAAACAUUAUGUGGAGGAGGCAUUUAAGAGAGUCGGUACACACCACAAAUGACAGAUUUUUCUUCAUUUAAAAGGCAGCUAGUGACUGCAUUAUUUGUUCCUUAGUGUGACACAUUUAAUCUAUUUAAAGCCUUUGGUACCCUCCAAUAUACAACACUGUGCACAAAUUAUCAUAAUAUUUUAUCAUUAGACAGUUAAAAGUGCUGCUUGUCAUUCCUCUGAAGACUCUCCAGUGUAAUCUAUACACAAUUUAAAUGCAGUCUUAUAUUUUAUAGUGGAAGAAAUGUCAUUCAUGUGUGAAUUUAAGAUUCCUGAACAAGGGGUGUUUAUAAUUUGUCAUCCAGAUAAUUUGAACUAUUAUGCUAUUUUGACCACUUUAUAUUUUUGAUUUCAUACACUCGCUGCUUUAUUUUCUGUAUUGUUCUAGAUGGUUGUGUGGGAGAUAGAACUGUGCUGGCUAUGGUUUCCUGGAUUUGGCAGUUUGUGAUGGUCUGAUCUGAAAGCCCAGCAUGGGUGAGGCCAGACCUGAUGUUAUUGUUUAAGUCUGGGGAAGUAAUGUCGCCUUUUCUGUCUCUGAACAGAAUACUGGCACCAUGCUAACACAAAAAAAACAAUGGAUUUUGACAACAGAGAUGCAACUCAUUAUUGAAAUCCACUUUUGUGUAAGGGCAGUCAUCUUUUUUGUCUGUUUUAUAACUUUUUGUCUGAUACAUUCUAUUUACGCUCAAAAUAUUAGAAACAGGAAGACUACACUUGUUGACAUAAGUGGCUGUAGUAUUACACUCUGUUUUAAUAGUGCAAUAGGUUUGUGACUGAAAUCUUUCAUUUUUGCAGUAUGUAUGCAAAAACAUCCUAUUUGUGUAAAAGCAAUUCUGUACUUGUUUUAAGUAAAUAAAGGAC